GUUGUACUUCUUCAAUUCUUCGGAUUCGCACAGUAAAAUAUAUGCACCCAUUUUCACCCAAUAACGACCACUUCCCACUGGUCCCACACAAACCCAAUUGCUUGCUUUGCUCACCCAAAUCCGUAGUACUUCAUUAAUAAUCACUUGAUUUUCGUAUCAACUUAACAACCCAAAAAAAACUCUUUUGGAUUACAACACACCCUUCUCUUCCGUUUCAAUCUUCAUCCCACAAAAAAAAAUGAUUUUACACCGCUCUACACCAAACAAAUCCUUAACUUAUUUCUUAAACCCUUUUGUUCUAUGUGGAUCACACAACCAAUACCCUUACCCUUCUUUAACAACAACAACAACAAUUAACCACAACUUCAGUGACUAGACUACUUCAUUUAUUUCAUCUCACGUUGUUGUUGUUGUUUUUGUUUUUGUUUUGUUCCAGUAGUUAACAUAACAUGACAUCUUCUCACUCUGAAGCUGCAAAAACAGAACAAAUUAUCACAGAAUUCUUCGCCAAAAGCCUUCACAUAAUAAUCGAAUCAAGGGCACUUUCUGCAUCCUCUCGCAAUUUCAGCACCGUUUCUUCUCCAUCUUCAACCUCUUCAUCAUCAUCAUCGAGCGUUCGUCCCAGAGACAAAUGGUUCAAUCUAGCUCUUAGGGAAUGCCCCCAAGCUCUAGAGAACGCUGACAUAUGGCGCCACAACAAUCUCGAACCAAUUGUGGUCGAUGUUGUUUUGGUCCAUAGAACAACAAAGGUUCGGCCUUUUCUAAAAGAACAACACCCCUUUUGUUCUAACAGUAUAGAUAGAGAAGAAUUAGGUAUUGGGUGUUCACAGAAUGAGAAAAUAGUAGAGAGAUGGGUGAUUCAAUACGAAAACAAGAAAAUUAGGGAUUCUAAUUCAAACGCUAGUAGAAGAUCAAGCAACACUUUUUUGCAGAAUUUGUAUAAAAAAUCAACUUUACUUUUAAGAUCUUUGUAUGCUACUGUUAGGCUUUUACCUGCUUAUAAGAUUUUUAGGGAAAUUAGUUCAUCUGGUAAUUUUUGUGCUUUUGCUCUUGCUCACCGUGUGUCUACAUUUUUUGAACCCUUUACUAUGAAACAAGAGUCUGAAAUGAUUAAGUUUGUGUUCAAUCCUGUGGAUACAUUAUCUGGUAGGCUUUGUCUUUCGGUUAUGUAUCGACCAUGUUUCUCUGAUGUGAAUUCUGAACCGUCCACUCCUUUGUCUCCACAAGUUAUAACGGAUUAUGUUGGGAGUCCUAUGACGGAUCGGUUGAUGCGGUUUCCGUCACUACCUGUGGUUAGAAUGCCGGUACAUGGCUCUCCAUCCUCAUCACCGUUUUCGAGGAGACAUAGUUGGAGUUAUGAACAUUGUAGAGCCUCAGCUCCUACCAGUAAUUUUUAUUAUUCCACUUCACCUACGCAUUCAGAGUCACACACAUUGGUUUCUAAUGCUAGUUCUCAAUGUUGUUAUGCACCCUCUAGUUUGCCUCCUCAUCCAAGUGAAAUGUCUUUGCUUCGCAAGAAGAAUGCAAAUUUCGAUGAUUACUAUCCAUCGUCAAAUUUCUCUCCAUCUCCCUCUCCUUCUUCACCAUCUCCAAUCUAUAAUUUGGCUUCAAAAACACUUUUACGCUCCGAAAGUGCUCCGGUCAACAUACCUAAUGCUGAAGUUGCUAAUCCCCUUGGACAGACCAGUAGGCAUAAUUUGCCACCAUCUACUCCCAUUAGAAUUUCAAGGUGUACUUCUGAGACAGAUAGAACUAGGAAUCUUAUGCAAUCGUGCGCAACAGCUGAGAAGAUGUUUUCUCACGGAAAAGAUGAGUCUCAAAAGUGUUCAGGAGUCAAGGUAGCACCUAACAGCUCGCCGCAGAUUUCAUUUUCCAGGAGCUCUAGCAGGUCCUAUCAGGAUGAAUUCGAUGAUGCUGAUUUUACUUGUCCUUUUGAUGUGGAUGACGAUGAUACCACAGAUCCAGACAGCAGAGCGGAAUCUUUCGAUCGUGGUCAUAUAACUCAACUGCUUGAAGGUGGAAGAUUCUUUCCAAUAAAAAAGUCCCAAGGUGCUGCUGUUGGUGCACUUGUGCAUAUGUUGAAGAAAGCAGCACCACUGCAUCAAGACUUCUCGACUUGCGAACUCUUGUCUCGCGGCACACGUCCUGAAACCGCAACGAUGAAUAGCGUUCAACAGUCCAACCAGAUUCUAGAUACCCUUAAACCAGUGAGUAUAAUGUCUUCUGCAAAUAGGAAAACAACAAGUGAUGCAUUGGAAGAGUUCUAUAGUUACAGAGAGAUGAAAAACUUGUUACUUACACCGCAUGGUGGUAGUAAGUGACAGAUAUAGAAGUUCUGUGCAGCUGCAGCUGCAACAUGUAAAUGUGAAGUUAGUGUUUGGUUGAAAUAUGUACAGUUACAAAACCCGUUUUUCAUUUUGUGAAUAAGAUGGUUUGACAUUUACCUUUUGAUCUUUCUUUUUUUGGGACUAAGCAUACCAAUUACAUUCAAGAUAUCUAUAUUAAUAUACAAUUUAUUUAUUUAUUUA